AUGGCAUUAGAUUUAGAAAAACUUCUGUUGCGAGAUAUUGGUCAGUUAUUUCAAGACGCUGAUGAUUAUAAUGUUCAAAUUCUUGUUGGACAAGCACCGAACAUUCGAAUUUUUAAAGCUCACUCCGUGAUCUUGAGAGCUCGAUCUUUUUAUUUUCGAGCUGCUUUAUCAGUGAAUUGGGCUAGAACUGAUCCUAGUAACGCCAUGAUUACUUUGAAGAAACCAAACAUUUCUCCAAUUGUUUUUGAACUUAUUUUGAA